AGCAACGACGUCGGCGUGAAGACACGACUGGAAUGGCGCGCCUAUUACGCGGAGCGAUACCUCGCGCACGCACGCCGCAUUGCCGCGUACAGUGGGGGAGCAUCUUCGAUCAUCUAUAUUGCAAUAUUGCUAGCCAGCGCCAUAGAAACGACGUGCGUCGAUACAGAUCGACUCGUCGACCUGCCCGACUUCCGGUUCCGGAUCUACGGCAGCGCCAUCUGCGACACAAAACCGGACGUCUUCUUCGCCGUCAGUUCGGCGUUCGACCACCGGCAAUCCCGAAACGCCAUCCGCGCCACCUGGGCGAACCUGACGAAACUAAGCGGGGUGUUGUCCUACCGGGUUGCCUUCAUGGUCGGGUUGCCCGAGCAGGAGAGCAGGCAGAGCGCGAUAGAGAAGGAGAGUGCGAAUAAGGGAGACAUUGUGCAGGGCGCGUUCGUCGACACCUACUCGAAUCUCACCUACAAACACAUCAUGGCGCUGCGCUGGGCGACGCGGUACUGCCCCAGCGCUAAAUUCGUCGUCAAGAUCGACGACGACGUCUACGUCGACGUGUGGCGACUAGCCGACGAAAUCGACCGUAGAUUCGGGCUGAGCGUCGGCACGCAGCAUCUAAUCUGUUGCGGUCACGUGUUCGCCAACAACACCGUCUACCGCGACCCGCAGAGCAAGUAUUACGUCACGCGGAGCGAGUGGCCGCGAGAUGGCGCCUACCCGCCGUUCUGCGCCGGCGCCGCCAUCUUGUACUCGAGCGACGUCGUGGCCAAGAUGGACGCCGAGUCGCAGACGACGCCGUAUUUCCGGCUUGAUGACGUGUAUGUGACGGCAGUGCUGCGGCAGCGGUUGGGUCUUAACAUGAAAGUGUUCGAAGGAAAGCUGGAGUGGAGACCCAAUGUCGUGCGUCGCUACAUCGACGCGAAGACGAAACCGGACUUCCUGUUCGCACUGACGGCCGAGCCAACCCAAAUCCUGUUGCUAUGGCAACUGAGGCAAAGCGGCGCGGUAUCGAAGGACGGUGGGCGUUGAUCGUUUAUGGUUUAAAAUGAGCGACCGCGAGUGUGAUUUCAAAUCUUGCCGAUUGCGAAUU